AUGACGUAUAAUCAGCACUUCAGAACGGCUCAUGCUUGGAGACCCAUUGCAUACCAAGUACUCGCUGCUGGUUGGGGCUUUUCUAGAGGGUCCUUGGUUGGUAAUGAAGCGAAUAUCCAUAGCGUCCGGCUUUUGUCCGAAACCGCGCAUUUUCGUACGAUGCUGCGACUUGAAAGGUGA